UGACACAGCUCCACUUCAUCCCCGUGGAUUUGGGAUCCCCCAUAGUGCAUUGCUCCGUGGCGGACCCUUACGUCGUCAUCAUGACCGCAGAGGGAGUCGUCACCAUGUUUGCUCUCAAGACCGACUCCUACAUGGGGAAAACUCACAGGCUGUCGCUGCAGAAACCACAGAUCCCCACCCAAUCCCGCGUGGUCACGCUGUGUGCGUACCGAGACGUCAGUGGCAUGUUCACCACGGAAAAUAGAGCGAACUCCUCCGUCCAAAAAGAGGACGCCGUCACUGGGAAUCAGUCCGAGGAAGAGACCGUCAUCCAUGACCUCAGUAGCAACUUAGUGGAUGACGAGGAGGAGAUGCUGUACGGAGACUCAAACGCCAGCGCUGCGCAUGGAAGAGAUGAAAUGGGACGCAGCUACGGGAUUCACGGGAUUUAUGGAAGCGACGGGCAAGGAAAAUCAGAACCGAGCCACUGGUGCUUCAUCUGCAGGGAGAAUGGAGUGAUGGAGGUACGAGGAAUAUGA